GUGUCAAAAAUACCUGUCAAAUUGGCCCUCCCACACUACUCUCACGACACUUAGGGCAGUGUAAUACAGGUACUGUUUCCAGUCUCUGCACGGCUACCAAGGACGAUAGCAAACACAACUUCUGCCCAUUAAGGAUGGUUGCUUGUGGGCAGAGACAAGAAAGCAGAAGGAGCUCAAACAAAACUGAUACAACCCUGCAGGUGUAUCACAUUAAAUGGAUUACUAAAUCCUAAUCUAGACAACUUGGUAUAAAUGCGGUCUUCUCUGGAACUCGGGAAGACUUAUCCUAAGGAUAACAAGCCGGAGGAAUGUCCAGUGUGUCUUAAUAAUUAUGAUGACAAACUGCAACGGCCUCGCACACUGCCGUGCGGCCACACAUUCUGCUCCCAGUGUAUUGACAAUGCUAUCAAGAAUGGUCAGCUGACCUGCCCCAGCUGCCGUGCCCAGCACGUUGCCACAGCUGCCACUCAGUUUCCAAUUAACUAUGCUGUGGAGGCAUUUGUUAGGAAACUCAAAAAUAUCCAGCUAACAACAGAGGAAGUAGUACCAGCAAAACUCUCUGAAGCUCCCAACAGAGGCAUCAGUAAGAAGUUAUGUUCUAUGGUGCAGGAGCAGAAGAACAGCAUCAGCAGCCUCAUUACUAGCUGUGAAGAGGUACUGUCACAGUUGGGUGAGUACCGGGGGCAGCUUGGCGACUGGAAGACUGACCACCUCUAUCUCCAGGACAGACUCUAUGCUCUGGUAGAGCAGAACAAGUCAGCAAUGCAGCUCUUGGAACUGGAGGAUACCAAUGUGGUGGAUAUGACAACACAAGGAGAGGAAGGGAAGACUCAGCUGAAGGCUAUGUUAGGGAGCCUCGACACUGUCAACACAGCACAGGAGGUAUACAUGACCAUCAACGAAGUUGACCAAUGCAACAUGGUGGUAGAAGAUUGGCUCCAGAAGUGCCAGGAACAUUUCCCGACUGUCAAGACUGUCCACACCUCAUUGAAGGUGCAGAAGACCAUCAGGGAGGCCCUGGAGAUGAUCACAACAGACACAGGUGCCACAGCUGACCCUGUACACCUGGGCGACUCGGACUCCAGCAUCAUGAAUAAAGUUAAGAAAAUCUCUGGAGAGAUCCACCUGAAGCAAAUAACAGUUGAGGACCUCCGCAGGAUGAGGGAGCCCAUCAAGAGCCUUGUGGAGGCUGGCCGGGUGUUGGCCGUCAAGAGGUUGGUGGAAGCUGGCCAGGUGUUGGCCGUCCAUGAAGACCAAGAUGGCUGCUGCUCCGCCAGGAUAACUCUUCAAGAUGGACAGCUGUACCUCCACCCACUCCUGCGUCAGCCCACGCCUGCCCACGCCCACACCCUACAGGAGAGUGAGGUUGUGGGCGUGCUGGACCCCUCCUGCACCCUGGCUUUCCUUGACCUUGGGUGGGCGGGGUCAACAAGAGGGCGGGUCACAAUCCGGCUGACGCCUGACACUCCGCUGGCCAGACAGUUUGUGUUGUUGUGUACGGGCCAGCGGGGCCACACCUACCGCAACACUAAACUGUUGUGGGUGAUGGACAAAGGUGAGCCUGGGGAGUGGGUGGUGGGCGGAGACUAUGAGAGUAAUGAUGGUGAGGGAGGAGCCCCACUGCUGCCUAACCUCCAGGGGCAGUACCGGGGGUCAGGCCGGGCAGGAGCUGUGUCGUCCUGGUGGGCGCCAGGGAGUCCCACAAGUGCCCAGUUCACAAUCAUCACCAGGGACCACCAGGAUGGUCCCCAGUGGUUAUGGGUCUUUGGUGAUGUGGUGAGCGGUCUGGAUGUGGUGAGGGCAGCAGUCAACCACAGUGACAUCACGGAGGUGACUGUGGUAGACUGUGGUGUUGUGCUGCCACUCUAGUUCACUGUACCAUCACCAUCACUA